AUGACGCAAGGCGCAAAGCGAUGCAUGCACUCAGCGUUGAGCAGAGGGAAGCGCAUCAAUGAGCCCAAGAAGGGAAGAAGGGAAAACAACGCAGGAAAGAAAGGAAAGAAACCAAAAAUGAACGCCCAAAUUCAGCAAAGAAAGACAGGCAAGAAAUUCCACACAAGACAAACAACACAACCAAUGCCGAACCCAAAUCCAAGCCUCCCACCGAUGAACCCCAUCACAAAGAACCGACCUCUACCCACCCCAAAACACACCACCUAG